ACAGCUCCCAGUUUGGUUGAAGGAAACGGAAGCCAUUAAGAUGAGCAGUGAGGAAGGCAUCAUGGGUCCUGAUAAGUACAGAGUUUUCUUGCAUUUGGAGGCCCCUACGGUUCAGUGGAAGCGGGGGCGCCCAAGUUAUGAGGCUGUUAACAAGCUUUUCGAAGAUGGCAGGACCAAGGUGUGGCCAAAAGGAUCUGUGGAAGAAACAGUGCAGAAUAUGGUAAAAACAUUGCAAAUGGAGUUUGCUAACAAGGCUAGAUUGCAGGAUUUCAAGAUCAUAAACCCUCACAAAUUCCACAUUUUUGUCAAUGGAAGAGAGGGAGUCUCAGGUGAAGAAACAUUGAAGGUUGGAACCUUGAAUGUAUUGCUGAAGAACUCUCUACCAGAGGAAUUCCAUUAUUUCAAUGCACAGACGGAGACAUUUGAACUAACUUGUAAUGACUUUAAGACAUGUUUUCCAAGAGGGUUUGCAUGGGAACUUCUUCAGGUUUAUUCUCCUCCUCCUUUGAUUGCCUACAAGUUUAGGCAUUGGGGUUUCUUUGAAGGGCCCUAUAAAGCUCAUUCCCCUACUCGUGAAAUGCUCGAGUUCUACGGCAUGGGAACUCUCAAGGUAGAUUCAUCAAUGAAGGUUGAAGAAGCUCAUUUCUUCUAUGAUCCAGCAGAGCUAUUUGGAGGUCUUUUGAAGGGCAAAAAAACUGCUUCUGAAUCAAAAGCUGUUGAUUCAUCUCCCUCUGGUUGCCCAUUCUCCAAUCUCCAGAACUAAUUCCACAAACACAAAAAAAAAAAUGUUUGUCUGAAACAAGAUAUAUAUAUAUAUGGAGAAUAAAGAACUUUGUAGCUCACCUGUGGGUUUGUAGUUCUAUGUUUGUUAAUUGUAUCCUUUCUGGUGCAUACUAAAUAUGAACGAUAAUAAGAUGUUGAAUUAUGCUCUCUUCGACUGUAA